AUGAUAGGCAGGACGUGGCUCGGUGAGAUGAGUGUCGAGGUUGAAAGAAAGUUCAUUUUCACUGAUGAAACUCUAAAAAUACUGGAAAAGACAGCAGCAUGUGUCAGCCAAAAGGAGUUUCAUGAUGAGUACUUUGAUACCACUAACUUUUCCCUCACUUUACAAGACUUUUGGUUGCGUAAACGUAAAGGAUGUUGGGAACUGAAAUGCCCAAUGUGCAGAGGCCAGUCAAAAUUAGAAGAACUGUGCACACGCUAUAGGGAGAUUACUGAUGUGACAGAAAUUCAGCAAUGUGUGAGAGAAGUCCUACAAGACAGCAAAUCCUCACUUGAUAUAGAAGCUAAAAAGAAGAAGACAGAUGACGAUGUGCAGAGCCAAAACCAAGUUGUCACUGCCGAUGGUCGCAGCACACACCAGGAUGAGACUUGGUUGAACGACAUGGACUUGAAAUGCUUUGCAGAGUUCACAACAGUUCGGCGGUCAUUCUCUCUAAAGGAGGACGGCGUGCAAGUUGAUUUGGACCAGGCCGAUUUUGGAUACAAUGUCGGGGAGAUUGAGGUCCUUGUAAAAGAGGAUCGAGAUGUGCAGUCAGCCUUGGAGAAGAUUGAAAACGCUGCUCAAAAACUAGGUUUGACUGGAAAUCAGAAAACACCUGGAAAAAUGCAUGUCUUUCUACGACGAUACCUUCCAAGUCACUAUGAUGCAUUAAGGAAGGCGCACAUUUUGACAAACUGGACCGAAGAGCUGUCAAGCGGAGGACAGUCAGAUAAAGGCUCGCUCCGGUCUAUGGGCUCUCAGUCCAGUUCUGGGAUGUCUGGUGGAAGGGGAUCCUCCAGUGGCACCCCAGCAGAAUCUGAAGGAGAUAACCAGGGCCUCAGCCGCCGCUCGGAUCGACAACAGGGAGACAGGCAGUCAUCAGAGGAAGACGUUGAUCUCGCUGAAGUCCUGGCGUACUUACUCAGAAGGGGCCAGGUGCGUCUGGUCCAUGGCAGUGGAGCCACGGGACUACAGCUGGUCCAGUCUUACUCCGACUCGGACGAGGACAGCGAUGGGGCCUGGGAGGGGCGACUGGGCGACCGAUACAAUCCACCAGUGGACGUCCAGCCUGACACCAAUGAAGUUGACCGCAGUGAAAUCCGCACUCAGAUCCUUUUGGCCACCGCCUCCUCCACGCUGAAAGGACGACACAGUUUUACGCACAUGUUAACAGAGAGGGAACAAGGCAGAUGUCGUGCCUCCAGUUUUUCCCAUGGAGAGUGCAAUCGCAUCCAGACACAUUUCCUGCCAAACUACGUGUCCCACAAGGAUACAUACCAGCAGAAAGCCUUCUGUGGAGUCUACAGCGAGAAUGGCAACAUGUUCCUCUCCGCCUGCCAAGACCAAAAUAUCCGCCUGUACGACACCACUAGGGGGCGCUUCAAGCUGCGGCGCACGGUCAAGGCGCGGGACGUGGGCUGGAGCGUUCUUGACGUGUGCUUCACUCCGGACGCUCAACAUGUGCUCUACUCCAGCUGGUCCGACUACAUUCACAUGUGCAGUAUAGAGAGUGACGGCGAAAACCACACCGCCCUGGACCUCAAUCCGGACGAGAGGCGCUUCUGCGUGUUUUCGCUGGCCGCGUCCACAGAUGGCAAAGAGAUCCUGGGAGGGGCGAACGACGGCUGCUUGUACGUGUUUGAUCUGGAGCAGAACAAGCGAACGUUGAAGAUCGACGCGCACGAGGACGACGUGAAUGCGGUGGCGUUCGCGGACAGCUCGUCACAGCUGCUGUUCUCGGGCAGCGACGACGCACUGUGCAAAGUGUGGGACCGAAGGACGCUGAGGGAGGACCGGCCGCAGCCUGUGGGACAGCUGGCCGGGCACCGAGACGGCAUCACCUUCAUCCACAGCAAGGGAGAUGCGCGUUAUUUAAUCAGUAACUCAAAAGACCAGUCCAUCAAACUGUGGGACAUCCGAAAGUUUUCUCCCAAAGAGGGUCUGGCGGCGUCUCGUUUGGCCGUGACACAGCAGAACUGGGACUACCGCUGGCAGCAGGUCCCACAGAGAGCUCUGAAGAGGCACAAGCUGACCGGCGACACUUCGGUGAUGACGUAUCGUGGUCACGGCGUGCUCCACACGUUGAUCCGCUGCAGGUUUUCCCCAGAGUUCAGCACUGGACAGAGGUUCAUCUACUCCGGCUGCUCCACCGGGAAAAUCAUCAUCUACGACGUGCUGACGGGCGGCGUGGUCACCAGACUGUCGGGUCAUGACGCCUGCGUGAGAGACGUGAGCUGGCAUCCGUUUGAAGACAACAUCAUCAGCAGCUCCUGGGACGGCGCGGUGCGGAUGUGGGAGCACAGACAGACUCACCCCCUGGAGGAGGAGCGUGAGAGGGCCCCGGCUCCAGCUCCUGCAGCGGAGGCCAAACCCUGCGACUGCUGA